CUCACUUGCAUCGCUAUGUAGAUUAGAAAUCUAACUAUUCCUUGAUUGGGUACAGGAGUUGGAUCACAACAAAUGAGUAUAUUUUUAUGCAGAUUGUCAAAGAAAUGAUUUGUUCAUAUGCAAUGCGACCACUGACAUACCAUCAAAGUGUCUGGAAUUUUGGGUGAAGUAGUUUUCCUUUUCCAUUGGUUAGCUUCUACUAUAUAAAACAAAAGUUGUAGCAGUGAUAUUUUGGUGAGGUUCUAUGUGAAUCAAAUAAAGCGAAAAGGGAAAAAUGAAAUAUGAUAUUGUGAGAAUAUAGAGAUUGGACAGCAACGAGAAUGGUGUGAUUGCAGGGUAGGGAGAAGGAGAUGGUGGAAGAAACAUUGAGCAAGUGGUACCAAGGAUUGAGUAUUUCGAUUCUGAUUCAGCACAUGCGUCUCCGAUCUAACUCCUCUUGCCCUAUCGCAUCACCAUCGGCUUGGUGACGAGAGCGGAAGCUAUGAAUUAAGUGGUUCGAUUGUUGUCAUUGUGUUUGCGUAAAUUAUGGGGACAGAAAACCCUGGUCGAUCAGCCUUCCUUUCUAGACCACCCUUUGAUGCAACACAGGGGGGUAUGGCACCUUUUUCGUCAACUGCUACCAUGGUUGGGCCAGAGCCUCCUUCUUUCAGACCCACUCCUCCUGCUCCUCCCUUGGCAUCCACACCAUUUUCAUUAUCUGCGCCACCGGGCCAGUUUAAUGGCCCCUCAGUGCCUCCUCCUUCCAAUUCCCCACCUGCUUCUGGACCUUUCCAGCGUUUUCCGAUGACACAGUUCUCCUCAAAUACUCAAUCACCUCCCCUGUUUCCUCCACCUAUGGGACAACCAACAUUUCAACCUUCUGCGGAUCAAACUCAGCCUUUUCCGGCUUCUCUUCCGCCUCAGUCGCACACGCCGUUUGUUUCAAUGGGGUCUGCCCCUCCUGCACUUCCAGGAUCGACUGUUCCUCCUCCUGUGUUUCAGCCAUCUUUUCCUGGAUAUCCGCAGAAACAAGUUGGUUCAGAAAUGCAAGCUUCCCCUGUGCAUUCCUCUAACCCUUCAAAUCAAGGAAAUUAUGGGCCUGUCCCUGCACCACCUUUGCCUUUUCAAACUCAUCAAGGAGUUUAUGUUUCGCAGCCCCCAAUGGCUGCUCUGUCAGGCGUCCAGCCGAUGCAACAACCGGGAUCUGGACAGCCUACAGUUGCCAUUAAUGGCUUGGCAGAAGAAUUCAAUUCGCUGUCAAUUCAAACUCGUCCUGGACUCAUGGAGCCGUCCAUUGAUUCUAAAGAAUUGCCAAGGCCAUUGGAAGGUGACGAGGAGCCAAAGUCUUUAGCUGAUAUGUAUCCCAUGAACUGCAAUCCUAGAUAUCUACGACUCACAACCAGUGGAAUGCCUGAUUCCCAGUCCUUAAUUUCAAGGUGGCAUCUUCCUCUUGGAGCAAUUGUAUGUCCGCUUGCAGAGCCUCCUGAUGGGGAAGAGGUACCCAUAGUUAAUUUUGCUGCAACUGGUGUUGUACGCUGUAGGAGAUGCCGCACAUAUAUAAAUCCCUAUGUCAAAUUUACUGAAGGCGGAAGAAAGUUCCGGUGCAAUGCCUGCUCCUUGCUUAAUGACGUUCCUAGUGAAUAUUAUGCACAAAUAGAUGCCACUGGCAGAAGAGUUGAUUUGAAUCAACGACCUGAGCUUACAAAGGGUACUGUAGAAUUUGUUGCCCCAGCAGAAUAUAUGGUGCGGCCUCCUAUGCCUCCUGUAUAUUUCUUCCUCAUUGAUGUUUCCAUAUCUGCAGUUAGAAGCGGAAUGAUUGAGGUUGUGGCCCAAACAAUCAGGUCAUGUUUAGAUGAGCUCCCGGGCUUUCCACGAACACAAAUAGGGUUUGCAACUUUUGACAGUGCAAUACAUUUUUAUAACAUGAAGUCAUCCUUGACUCAACCACAAAUGUUGGUGGUCUCAGAUCUGGAUGACAUAUUUAUUCCCCUGCCAGAUGAUCUCCUUGUCAACUUGUCAGAAUCAAGAAGUGUGGUGGAAACGUUUCUUGAUGGUCUACCAUCCAUGUUCCAGGACAACGUGAAUCUGGAAUCUGCUUUUGGUCCUUCUCUGAAGGCUGCCUUUAUGAUUAUGAGUCAACUUGGAGGGAAAUUAUUAGUUUUUCAAAACACACUCCCAUCUCUUGGUGUUGGUCGAUUGAAACUACGUGGAGAUGAUUCUAAAGUUUAUGGCACAGAUAAAGAACACGUGUUAAGACUGCCAGAAGAUCCCUUUUACAAGCAAAUGGCAGCUGAGUUUUCUAAAUACCAAAUCUCAGUGAAUGUGUAUGCAUUCAGUGAUAAGUACACCGACAUCGCAUCCCUAGGAACUCUGGCAAAGUAUACUGCUGGUCAACUCUAUUACUAUCCAGCUUUCCAAUCAGAAAUUCACGGGGAGAAACUAAGAAAUGAGCUAAGGAGAGACCUUACCAGAGAAACUGGCUGGGAAGCGGUAUUGCGAAUUAGAUGCGCUAAAGGUGUCCGUUUCACAACUUAUCAUGGAAACUUUAUGCUAAGGUCCACAGAUUUGUUAGCACUUCCAGCCGUGGAUUGUGAUAAAGCCUUUGCCAUGCAGUUAUCACUUGAAGAAACAUCACUGACAAAUCAGACAAUGUAUUUCCAAGUUGCACUGUUGUAUACUGCAUCUUGUGGAGAAAGGCGUAUCAGAGUACACACAGCAGCAGCUCCAGUAGUUAAAGACUUGGUAGAGAUGUAUCGCUUGGCUGAUACUGGUGCAAUUUUAUCUCUGUUUAGUAGGCUGGCAAUUGAGAAAACAUUAUCCCAUAAACUUGAAGAAGCCCGGUAUGCUGUACAAUUUGGAAUUGUGAAAGGUCUCCGAGAUUAUCGAAAUAUCUAUGCUGGACAACGGCGCUUGGUGAAUAGGAUGAUUUAUCCUGAGUCAUUAAAGUUCCUACCCUUGUAUGGUUUAGCUCUUUGUAGAUCAGCACCUCUCCGUGGUGGAUAUGGGGAUGUUUCACUAGAUGAACGGUGUGCAGCUGGACACACAAUGAUGACCCUACCAGUAAAAAGGAUGUUGAAACUUCUCUACCCUACUUUGCAUCGACUAGAUGAAUAUCUUCUAAAUGCUGAUGAUUUGAAAAGCAUUGAUAGAAGGUUACCUUUGACUAGGGAGAGCUUGGAUUCUAGGGGCCUUUAUAUAUAUGACGAUGGCUUCCAGUUCAUUUUAUGGUUUGGUAGAGUGAUUUCACCUGACAUAGCUAAGAACUUACUUGGGUCUAACUUUGCAGCAGAGUUAUCAAAGGUAUUCUAUAUUCAAGAAAGACUAGGAGAAAGCGCGGUUACUCUAAAUGAGAAUGAUAAUGAAAUGUCUCGGAGGCUGAUAAAGGUACUUGAGAAGCUCAGAAGUAGUGACCGUGCAUAUUACCAGUUGUGCCGCCUUGUGAGGCAAGGUGAACACCCCAGAGAAGGAUUUCUUCUUCUUUCAAACCUGUUUGAGGACCAGCUGGGUGCUAAUAAUGGAUAUACUGAUUGGAUGAUACAGAUUUCCCGACAAGUGCAACAAACAUAAUAUACAGGAUUGUUACCUAUAUCGUAAUUGAAGGACUUUUUCGUUUCUUCAUUAGAAAUAAAUUGAGUUUAUGCAUGGGGAUGCUUGACUAGGCUAAUUGGUCGUGAGAAGGAUGUGAUGCUUCAUGAAACUGUAAGUUCGUCAUGAAAUGUAUCAAUUAGGUGAACUGCACCUUAGUGAUUAGAUUCAAAGUGCUUUCCUGUCCUAGGAAUAGAAAAUAAAACCUUUUUUUAUAGGUUCCAGUUAUCUGUGGUAUAAUUUCAUUUUUUAAUUCAAAUUGUUUUUUGGCUAGGGAGAGUAAACACAGAGAGAGAAGUCAAGUCAAAAUCAGUGCUAAUUCAUAAAAUUUGUUUCGUGAUAAUUUUUAUUUAUUCUCAUAUUCAGAUUUUGGAACU